UGAUGAAUGUAUUUAAUACUUUCACACACCCAACCUUCCCCCCCCUCUUUUUUAUUUUCCUUCUCUCUUGUUCUUUUAAACCUCUCCUUACUCCACCUCACCUCCUCUUCCCUUCCCAAAAGAAAACGCAUUACAGCUCAUUCGACGCGACAGAUCGAGAGCCGCAGCCAUGAGCGAAUCGACAUCUGAACCAAAAAAUGUGACUGAGGGUACCAGCCAAGAUACCACUCAACCACAACAGGACAAGGACAAGCAGCCGCAGGGCAAACAGGGUAAAGGCAACAAGAAGAACAAGGCUGAUAAAACUGACAAAGCUGACAAAACAGCAACAGCAGUAACAGCAGCAGAUUCAAGCAAUGGUGAUGGCAAUGUUACACCCGUAUCAAGCCCUGCCAAUAGCAAUUCACCCAGGCCCCCAAAACCUAGGAAGAACAAGGCUGCCAUCACAGAUAAGGAUGGAGAAAGCUCCUCGGCCCCCGCUCCGUCGUCACCCUCCAUCCGCAGUGGUGGUGGUGAUGAAGGUCAAGAAGGACAGCAGCCAUCAUCCACCGGAGAGGCUCCAUCCACUCCUCCCACUAGUAAGAGAAACAAGAGAGGUAAAAAGCCAUCAGAAGCAGCUGCCGCCGGCGCCAGUACAGCUGAGUCCGGUGUAGAUGCUAGUACGAGUGGCCCAUCUGCGGCUGCCUCUGCUCCUGCAUCAUCUUCACCCCCCAACAGUCGUCGUGGUAGAGGGUCAGAGCAAUUUCCAUCACGAGGAGGACGAGGACGUGGAGGGCGUGGAGGACGUGGAAGAGGAGGACGAGGAGGGGGGGCAGGAGGUGAGGAAGGCACAAGAGAAAGGUUUGCCUCAAAUCAAAACAAUAACAACGAUGGCCAGGAGGGUCGGGAUACAACUACAACUACGCAGGAUAAUAAUGGAUGGGGGGCUCCGCCAACAGCUGCAACAUCAACAGGCGAUGGCGGUUGGGGCGAAGCGUCUAACAAUGAUACGUCAAAUCCUGCAAGCUCAAUUCCUUCCGGAUGGGCUACUGCAGCAGAACAGCCAGCUGUUAGCGAGCCUUCAAGCGGUGAACAAACCAAAAAGACUAGCAAGCCGUCUCGUGCACCUCGUUCCGCGGGCGGAGAACAAACUUCGGGACAACCCAAGAACAAAGAGGCUAUCGAGGAUGCGACUGUGUCACCUGCCACUGAUACCGCCACUCCAUCGGAUUCUGCAGCACCAAAGAAACGCAAGCCGAGCAAAAGGAACAAAAACAAGGAUGAAGAAGAAAUCUCGACUGUUUCUGCCAGUCCCAAUAGAAACAGUAGAGCGUCCUCGAAGGAGCGUAAGGAGCAGACGAAGAGAGGGCCCAAGAACAAGAGCAAAAACCAGAGCCAAAAUCAAAACCAAGAGUCGAACCAGGAUGCAGAGAGCCGGAACACAGGCGACCAGACCCCCAGUCAGGACAACGUUGAAGCUGACGCCAACGCCAGUCAGGGAGAUUCUACUGCUGGUCCUCGUUCCAACUCCAAGAGAGGCCCAGCUUCCAAGGGUAAACAAGAUUUCAAGAAAAAAGGUGCUUCAGCAGGACCUCCCUAUAACUCCGAAACCAACGCAAAGGAUGCCACUUCUGCAUCGGGCGAUAGCUGGGGGGAUUCUGCUCCUGCUACUACAACUACGGAGAAUAGUGGCUGGGGCGACCAGUCAGCUACAGAGAAUAGUGGUUGGGGUGACCAAUCAGCUUCCACUGCUACUACCACUACUACUGGCCGUGGCUACUCCUCAUCAAGAGGUUCAUCUAGACCACCGAGAGGAGGUCGUGCAGGUGGAUCUGCGGCAAAUAGAGGCGGUUCUCGUGGUAGCACGUCUGCAGGCGCAAACAGCAAUAGUUGGGACGCCCCACCUGCGCCUACGAAUGACGAGGCAAAUACUAGUGAUACCCCAACAGCUGUGAAGGAGGAAGGUUGGGGCGAAGCACCUGUGGUAAAAGGGGGUAAUGAUGGCUGGGGAGAUUCGCCUGUGGAGAGCUCAGGAGGGGGAACGGAUGUGAAGUGGGGUGAAGAUACCGAUUCACAGCCCACUAGAAGCUGGGGUGGUGACACGCAAAGCUGGGGUGGUGACACGCAAAGCUACGGAGGAAAUGGGCCUCAAAGGUUCGACAGGAGCUCUUCUGGGCGCGGACGUGGUGGAGGUAGAUUUGCGAAUGAUAGAGGUGAUGCGAGAUUUGGUGGUGGCGGAGGUGAUGCGAGAUUCGGUAGUGGCGGAGGUGAUGCGAGAUUCGGUAGUGGCGGAGGUGAUGUGAGAUUCGGUGGUGGCCGAGGUGGUGGUGGCCGAAGGUUCCAGGGCUCUGAAUCAGAUCAGUCGUGGGAUGCGCGUCAGAGCAACUAUCAAAGAGGACCUCGUUCAGAGAAUCCUAGGGGCCCCAGGUCUGGAUCAUAUUCGAAUCAGUAUGGACAGCCCUCUGAUGGACAACAACACGGUUCUUCUGAGGCAAGAGGACAGUUUGACAAGUCUGCAAGGGGAAACAAAUCCUCAAAGCCUAGAGAACCAAGAGGCUUUGUACGUAAAGAUUAGUGAGAUUUUCUUCAUCAUUUACAUUUUUUAUUUAUUAUUAUUAUUUUUUUUUUUAUUUAAUUUUGGUAUUUUUGGAAUCUGCACAUGAAUGUCAGAUAAAGAGAAUCAUCUUUUAUUUUAAUUUUUUAAG